UCUGCCCAGUCUCAUCCCAAUUCACGUCAAAUCCUGUCCCUCCCUCCUGAUCUGGCUCGAAAUCUUUUUUCAUGCAACUAUAAAAAUAUAUAAACAGCUAAAUACAUUUUUAGACCUCCUUUUGCAUGGAUGUGGGUAUAGUGUGGGUCAGACACUCGGGCUGAAAGUCCUAGUUAAGGGGUUUGUCCCACAAAUUAGUCCCGAAGGCCGCAGAACACACACGAGUACGUACAUGUAUACAAUAGUCUAUACCAACGAAUGGUCUUGAGUCUCCGACCUUUGAAACCUCAGGCAGCUGGGUUGCCAACCAGACACCAGAACAAAUAACGUCUUAGAGAAGGAAUCAAAACCUUGCCACUUGGUUAGGGGAAUUGUUGCACACUUUAACAACCAUCACCGACCGGAUCAAUUUUUCAUGAGGUGAUGUAGGAUCUGGAGAAAGCGACUCCGAAAGAUAGAGAAUGAAAGAAACCGAGUGCAACAGCUAAUCCAAAACGUUAGCUCCUCCUUCGAGCCGGAAUCGAACCAGCGACCUAAGGAUAACUAGACAGGAAUGUGCUACAGUCCUCCGCUCUACCAGCUGAGCUAUCGAAGGGAGAACUGAGGCUUGCGUUGUGUAAUCUCCUAUUCAGGAUAUCGAUAAACAGAGGCGUGUAUGACAUAGCCCUGUGAUUAUUGGCAAGUGGACAGAGUAACCAUGUCGUGAGAACGUCCUGCAUUCGCAGUUCACUCGCAGUUCUGGAGACAGCCCUUCUAGAGGCGGAUUCUCCUGUUUCACCGAGGGGCUUCCAAGCCGAGCCAACACGUGGGCUCUUCACAGGCGCCGCGAGAGCGGGUGGAUCCCGAGGCAGCCCGCGGAGAGUGGGUGUGGGGGGGUCUGUUCGACCCGCGGGCUAUUGUCCUCACCGAGCUUGCAGACCCGGGGCCUCCCUGGCAUGAUGUGUGUCUAGACUGGGAGCGGCCACCCAGGCAUCAGAGAACUGGGGGCUGGGGCUGUGGGACAAUUUUGACCGCGCAACUCGGAGCCCAGGGAGAAGGGCGCGGGCCCCCCUCAUUUCCUCACUUCCUGCGCUCGCCUCCGAACCCCGGCCAGCCGCAGCUCCCUUCCGCUCACACAUCGGCAGACUCGGGGACCCAGAGCAUGUGGACUAGAGUCUAUACCGGCACCUGGAGCACUAUCAACCCAGAAGGACCCUAAAAAAAAAGUUCAUGACCAGACAUUACGUGGGCUUCCAAAAUGAUGUAAACCCAAGAUGCAAAUCAGGGAGAAGACAAAGUUUUCCAGGGUAUCUUGUAAGCAAGAAACAAGGUGAAGAACAGCAUAAGAAGGUCACAGGCACUACUGCUGGCUGGGCUCCUGAUGUCUGGAUCAACCAAUCUCUGUUUUGGAGCAUCUCCAUUGGAAGCUCAAGUUAUGCAUGAAGGAUCCUACCUUCCAAUAGAGGGAUUGGUUAGAAGCCAAUGACUUCUUUAACCAUAUCCUUCCCUACACUCCAGCUAAUGCCAGGGACCAGGGAAGAUAGGUUCUAAAAUAGGAAAACGGAGAGUUCAUACAUAAAACACAUCAGCAAAACAGUGAAGACCUGGCUUUGAAUGGAACAUUUUUUAAUCAUUAGAGAUGAAAAGAACUGUAGGAGGGGAAGGUAAUGGCUCCUGCUGGGAACCAGAGCAGUGCUGUGACAGAGUUCAUCCUGGCAGGUGUCCCGAAUCUCAACAGCACAAAAGCAGAACUGUUUUCUGUCUUCCUUCUUGUCUAUCUGGUGACUCUAACAGGCAACAUGUUGAUUGUUGGGGUGGUAGGAGCUGAUACUCGCCUGCAGACUCCCAUGUACUUCUUUCUGGGUAACCUGUCCUGCUUAGAGAUCUUACUCACUUCCAUCAUCAUUCCCAAGAUGCUGAGCAAUUUCCUCUCAAGACAACACACUAUUUCCUUUGCUGCAUGUAUUACCCAAUUCUAUUUCUACUUCUUUCUUGGGGCCUCUGAGUUCUUGCUUUUGGCCGUCAUGUCUGUGGAUCGCUACCUGGCCAUCUGUCACCCUCUGCACUACCCCUGGCUCAUGAAUGGUACUGUGUGCUUUCAAGUGGCCUUGGCUUGCUGGCUCGGGGGACUUCUGUCAGUGCUUGGCCCCACAGUGGCUGUGUCCUUGCUUCCUUUCUGUGAACAGGAUGCUGUGGUGCAGCACUUCUUCUGUGACAGUGGCCCACUGCUCCGCCUGGCAUGCACCAACACCAAGAAACUGGAGGAAACUGACUUUAUCCUGGCUUCUCUUGUCAUUGUGUCCUCACUUAUGAUUACUGCUGUGUCCUAUGGUCACAUCAUCCUGGCUGUCCUGCGCAUCUCCUCUGCUUCAGGCCGUCAGAAAGCCUUCUCUACCUGUACCUCCCACUUGAUGGUGGUGACCCUCUUCUAUGGAAGUGCCAUUUUUCUCUAUGUGCGGCCAUCACAGAGUGACUCUGUGGAUGCUAACUGGGCAGUGACAGUGGUAACGACAUUUGUGACACCACUGCUGAAUCCAUUCAUCUAUGCCUUUCGCAAUGAGCAAGUCAAGGAAGCUUUGAAGGAUCUGUUAAGGAAGGUGGUAGCAGGCUUUUGGGGGGAUUUUUUACUUGCUAAGAGUUUCAACAAGAAAACAAUGAGGUGAAAGUGAAUGGAUGUAAUAACUAGUCUUAACUCUAAGUUUUCUCCAUUGUCACUCUCUUUCUUAUUGUCAUCAUGGACAUCACCAAAUGACUGAGUCCUGGAACUGCUACAGAACUAGAGUCAUCAAGUCUAUCGUUCUCUUUCAGGCAAAAUUCCUUGAUUUUAUCUCAUACAUAGAUCCAUAUUAUUAUUGAUAUAUCAUAAUCAAUACCAUCAUUACAUCAUAAGACCCUCCAACCUGUGAAAUCUUAACCUAAAAGUCCAUGGUCACUAGGGAGUCUGAGGAUGGACUUCAGAAAAUUUAUAAGCCCCAUUGGUAUGUGAAUUUAUGUGUUUGAGCUUAUAUGUAUUUGUCUGGGAAGGGACUCUAUAGCUCUAAUCCAAUUCUCAGAGCGAUCUAUAUGUGACCUUCGCCGGAAGUAAAAAUGACUAAAAUUCUCGGUAGAGUCUUCCAAUUGUUCAUGAAAAUCAAGAAUUAAAAAAAAUCCUUAU